UCCCAACAGUUGAGAGCUUUAGGAGAACAUCUUUCACCACUUCGAAUCGAUGGAGCAGCUCAUCAGGUGUUUGGCCUGCCGGCUGUUUAUCGGCCUGUGUGUUUAUUUGUAUGGGUGUGUAUGUUUGUGUGUGUGGGUUGUUAAGUUUGUUUGUUAUCACAUCGAACAUGUUCAACGUUUGUUCCGGUAAUCUAUUGGGUGUUGGUUAUUAUUAAAUUUAUGAGGAUUAUUCUGGUGGCAUGUGGUCCAUAAAAUAUUUGAUAGAGAAUAAAGUGGCAACUUAAUUUGUGAGUGAGCGAUUGAAUGUCUGUGUGCGUGUGGCUUAGAACGCGUUUCAGAAAAAAAUCUAAACUGUUUAAACAACUUAAUUGGCACGUACGCUUUGACAAAAGUUAUGGAGAAAGAUAAUCGGGAGGGGGCUUUACAUUCUACAUAAAUUAGGCCGGUAUAGAAAGAAAAUAAACAAAAACCAAACUUGCAACAAAUUGAAAGUUAAUUCGAUUUGAGUUACGAAACAUGAAGUAUCUUCUGCCAUUAUUGUCUUUUGUUAUUCAAACAUGGGCCCAUAACCAUUUUGGGCCAGUGGUUUUUAGGCUUAAUGGGCCAAUUCAGCCCUACAAUAUUCCUCGAAGGACCUACAAUCAUUUGUAUCAUGCUCAGCGCCCGGAUUCUGUACAUGUGGUCAACUACCAUCAAGGAUGUCCGGACUUGCUGCAACCCAUUUGUGCCACAAAUGGUGAAGUUUUCUUGCAUUUCCGUAACAAAUGUUUUUUGAGUAAUUAUAAUUAUCAGGCCCUGAUCCGAGGUCAUAGAGAAUAUCUGGAAUGUCCCAUGCAGCUGUGUUUUUCACGUUGUCCGCCCUGUCCACAUGUUGUGGAGCCAAUUUGUGGCCUAGAUUUGAAAACACAGGAGCUAAGGAACUUUAAGAAUGUCUGUGAAAUGCAACGGGCCGCUUGUAAUCUGGGAAGGGACUUUCGGGUCCAACAUCGUGGACACUGUUCACCUAAUCGACAGUGUCCUCGUUUCUGUCCGAAAUUUCAUCAGCCAGUUUGUGCUGCAUUUGGCAAAGAAGUUAGAGAGUUUCAAAAUAGCUGUGAACUUCAGCGAUCCAGGUGCCAAAGUAAAAUUGAUUGGGUGCUACUUAAUCAAGGACCCUGCCGUGAUAACAACUACAAUAACAGAUUGCCUCACCCAUUUCAUCCGCCCUAUCAGCCUUUUGCUUUUGGUGAUUUAUCCGGCAGUUCAUCCAAUCACAUUCAAUACCCUAGCAGGCCACAACACCCUCGCGAAGAAUUACCGCUGAUUAUUGAAUAUAUUGAAGUACCGCAGCCGAAUCACCCUGUGCCAAUUAAAUAUGCUCCCUCAUUGGCACCACAACCGAUUUCUAGAACAAACUACAAACCUCAAGAAGUUCCAUAUAACCAACCAACUUAUGUGAAGCUUGACCCAAACUUUAAUUCAUAUGCUAAUCCUAGCCAAUUAUAUCACGAACCCCAGAAGUUUCAACAAGGCCCUCCCCCAACUAAUAGGAACAUAAAUACUCCAAUAUAUAGCUCCAAAAGAAUACCCAAAUCGUUAAGCCAUCAGCCUGUGUGUGGCAAAAUAAGUACCGACAUUGCAAGGUAUCCUGGCUUGCAACAACUGGAGGAGGAGGCCAAACGAAGAGGAGAAGCUUGGUCCGUCUUACCCAUCUGGCUAUGCGAUGUAUUGAGUACAAUAAAUCCCGUUUUAUCUUUUGAGGCGGAUUUUAAUAAGAAUUCUGAAAGCAAUGAUUAUAAAACGCUAAAGAUAACCGAAUAAAUUUUACUACUCACAAUAAACCUAGAGUUGUACUGGAAAGAUCAACGAUUAGACCAACUGAGAGAGCAGGUUCUAAUGGAAAGGUGAAGGAAAAAAUUACGCCAGCAAAAAAUCAACCGAAAAUUGUUUCAAAGUCUAAAAUUUAAGUAUUAUAUAUUAAUUCGAAAAUAUUAUUAUCUGUAUAUA